UACGCGAGCGACGUCGUCGUGUUUAGAUAAUUUUAGUGCUUAGCGAAAAACGCCAGCAUCGGAACCCGUAUGUUGUAGAAAAAUUUCUUUACUGUUUGCCGACGAUUCUCUACCGGGUCGAAUUCGAAGAGAAUAACGAAACUACAAUGUGUGUAAUGUUUGUGUUAAUAGCCUAACGUGUAAAGUGAUUUAAUUGUGUUCCAAAUAACGCUUGCAAAAGUGACUUGUUUUUCUUUCACUCCGAGCUAAGCAAAAGUGUUUUAUUGACCGAUUACUCAUGUGCAGUAGCUGGUACUAAAAGUGAGAAAGUGCGUUUUGUACCAACAAUCAGUGAAACAGUUUGAUCUUUCGAGUGUCAAGGAAAAACAAUCGUUUUGGGAAGAUGAUACACGGACAUCCUCCACAGCCUCAGCAGCCGGCCCAGCACCAUAUGACCCACCCACCUCUCCAACCACCGCCACAUUUGCCUCACUUGACAAGCGUUCCUCCGCCAAAUGUUCCACCCCAGGGAACACUGCAGCAGCCACCUCGGGAGCAUCCAGGACCAAGGAUCAACAACCGGCAUCAUCAUCAUCAUCCACGUGGAGACCACCAUCCAGCAAUACCAGCUGGCCCACACAUGCCAAUCCAGCAGCACGGUUCCAGAAAACCAUCAUCACAGCACUAUGGCAGCGGUGCCGGAAUAUCGUUGAAGCCAAUGGGCUAUCCCCCUAAGUCGCUACCGUACAGCAGCAACACCAGCAACAACACCAACUCUGGCAGUCAUCACCACCAGAAUCCACACCAUCAGCAUCAUCAACAACAUAGUCAUCACAACAGUCAUCACGUGCACCAUAAUCACCAGUCGGGUGCGAUUCCGGUUGUGUCUGCUGCCGGUCCCGGGGGAUCCAAACCGCGCAUGAUUCCAGCACAUGAACCUAAAAACAUUCACAAUCACAACAACGCGGCACCACAAACCAAUACACCAUCGAAUGUAAUAGUGGUCCUUCAGACGGAUCCCGUUCAGCUAUCGGGAGGAAUGUCCUCCUCAACCGCCACUACUCCGGCAGCAACUAACAUUAGCAACAACAUAACCAGCAGUACCGGCACUGGCAGUAUAACAAGUGUCGCUAGUAGCGGUGGUGGAGGAGGAGGUGGAUGUGGAAGUGGUUCAGGUGUAGGAGCAUCAAUCACUUCCCUGGCGGCCAAUUCAGGCAGCACUUCCGAUGGUCAGAACGAGUCAACCUCACAGUCACAGCUACAGCAGCCCAACCAGCUGCUGUCUUCUGUACCAGAAACCUUGGCAAACACUAAAGAGAAAACCCCAAUGUGUUUAGUUAACGAAUUAGCACGUUAUAACAGGAUCCAGCACCAGUACCGGUUGACUGGAGAAUCGGGCCCUGCUCACAAGAAACGAUUCACCGUCACGCUCAAGCUGGGCGAUGAAGAGUACACAGCGGAAGGCCCGAGCAUUAAAAAAGCUCAGCACAGUGCAGCCCACGAAGCUAUCGGUGCUACCAAAUAUAAACAUCCUCCGGCUAAAAUUAACCGGACCAAAACGGGUGGAAAGACCAACAUUGGAAACAUCACACCAACCGUAGAAUUGAAUGCCCUCGCAAUGAAACGUGGCGAGCCUACUAUUUACGAAACUGAAAUGGUUGAUGCCCCCAUCGCAACCAAGUACAGCACCAACACGCAUUCACCGCCUGUCGCACCGCAACCGGCGGUAAGAGGAGGUGGUCCGCACUAUUUCUCGGUUCCGCCACCAGGGUCUUACGGUGGUUAUCAUCGUAACAACACAAUGUACAAUAAUCCCCCACCCGGUGGAGUAAGGUACGGUGCCCCUCCACCAAAUUCCUACAAUCGACGAAAUCCCAUGGGGAGCAAGUCGGACUAUCCCCGUGGAUACUACUAUAACCAUCAUAUGCCUCCGUUGGCGCCGCACGUACCGGAAGUAUACAAAGUCACCCUGCACGUAGGAGAGCGGACGUUUUUAGGCGAAGGGCACACACUGCAGGCAGCUCGGCAUGAUGCAGCUGCACGUGCUCUAGAGGUGCUGAAACCACUUACUCCCGAUACGACUAAUGCACCUUCUGAAUGCCACGAUACUUCGAUCGAUAGCGACGAUCCUAAUUCAGAUCUAAAAUCUCCAAUCUCUCUCGUGCACGAGAUGGCACUGAAACGUAAGCUUACCGUUCAAUUUGAAGUCCACGGCGAGAAGGGCCCGCCGCACAUGAAAGUUUUUACAACGCUUUGCAAAGUGGGUAACAUUGUUACUGAAGGGGAGGGCAAUGGGAAGAAACUUUCCAAGAAGCGUGCUGCCGAGAAGAUGCUAGACGAGCUUAGAAAGAUUGCUCCAACUUCGCCCGAGAAAAACACCCGUACCAUGUUGAAACUGAAGCGAAAAGUUCCUCUACCAAAGAAGAAAACUCGUAACCUCAUCAAGGAUAAUGCCGAAGAAGAUCCUCCGGACAUGGUGAAUCCAAUCAGCCGGCUGAUGCAAAUUCAACAGGCACGCAAGGAAAAGGAGCCCGUGUAUACACUGGUGGAGGAACGCGGUGUCGCACGGCGACGAGAAUUCGUAAUGGAGGUCGCCGCCAGUGGUAGUACCGUUACGGGUAUCGGUCCAACCAAAAAGAUGGCGAAAAAAGAGGCAGCGGAAAACCUGCUCGUUAUGCUCGGCUACGGACGUUCGACGGUUGCCAACUCAUCCUUACCCAACAAGGAAAACAUGUCGGGAAGUGCCAACGAGAUGGUUGAGAAACCGAACCGGAAGGUCGCCUUCAACGACAGUCCGAGUGUUCAGUCGAACGGGAAACAGGGUGGCACCGCUGGUCGGCAAAUUGUUCCCGGCGUGCUGCAGCUGAAUUCAGGUAUUCCCAACAAACCUAACCCGCCUGCAAAGGACUACAAUCAGGAAAAUAACGCCCAUGCGGAAUCAAACGUAUCUGUUGCCUCUAACGUUGAUAGCUCAUCGAAGUCGGGACAGGGCAGCAGCGCUACUAACAGGAUAAACAAUACGUCUAGUACUACAACUACGCCUGCCACCAGCUCCAAUCCGGACGUCGGCCGAAUGACGGAACAACUCAUGUAUUUGGCUCAGCUGCUAAAGUUUGAGGUGAUAUUUUCCGACUUCCCGAAAGGUAACCACGGCGAAUAUCUCACGCUAGUAACCCUGUCGACUGAACCGCCUCAGCUGUGCCACGGUAGCGGUGCUAGCUUGGAAGAAUCGCACGAUGAGGCCGCUCGUGGAGCACUAGAAAUUCUCAGCAAAAUUGGGCUGGACAACGUUAAACCGAAGGGUAGCAGUGCAGCGGCUGCACCGGAUGAAAGUAAGUCCAAAUCACCUCUGAGCAACGGGUUUAAGAAGUAAAAUGAGUCCGGGUGAGGAACGACGUAACUGUUGACGAAUUAUGCCUGGCAAGUCAGGCAUAAUUUAAUGUUUUAUGUUUCGAAUAUUUGUAAAAUUGUAAAAAGGAACCGAUUUUUUUUGCUUCCUUACCAAAACAACAUUUGACAAAAACAAUGAAGCAACUGCCCUUAGCGUGAUCAGCUUUUGCGAUUGAAAAAUGCAAAGCAUGAUUUUUUUGGCUCAAAAAAGUCCGAAAAAAGAAUGCAUUUAUUUCAAGAAACUCAUGCUUUCCUGACAAAAGUUUACUGCCUAAGGGCAUUAAAGCCAUACACACACACUGUCAGCUGAGCGCUAAUACGUUAACUAAACAUAUUGAAAGCAAACAUAACAAUCUGUGCUAGAAACGGAUGUCACAUUAAGCGAUACAACACCAGUCAAUAGGAAUUGGCUAGAGAGUGCUGCUCGUAGGCGAUUUUUAUUGAACCGGUUUGUUGGAACUUUGUCCAGCGCUGGAAUCUGACCGCCAAGCAGGACUCCCACUGGACACUGAACUUUUGGUGCAGUAAUGACUUUACUGUGUCACAAGUGAAGUUUAAAUUGAUUACCAUUUACCUAAGCGGAAAGUUUGUCAAAAUAGAAAAGUAUUAUCAUAAUUGGAAAACGGAAAAUAUGCAGCAAGUUGAAGGUUCUUAAUCAUAUGGAAUCGAUUUAGGCGAGCGAGAUAGCAUAAGAUGCAGCAAGUUGGAAGGAAAUAUUAUCCUUAUGAUUCGGUGUAGUACUGCCGGAUCACUAUCGGUAGCGAGUUCUUUGCGGUACUCUUGAUCGCUGACUGACCCCGACAAUGGAUGGGCGCUGAACUGAGCGAACGUGUCAGUCAGCCGAUCGAUUAAACACGUUCUAUAUACUAUUGUUUUAAUCGUAGUUUGUGUAUUGUUUAAAAACCUUCAUAAUCACCAGUAGUAAAGUUAAUCGCUCGUACAAUAAACUCUCGACGCUGUGCUGGCCUCGUGCAGAGGCGUAAUGGAACCAUUGGAUAUGUACUACUGAAUCAGAUUGUGGGGCACAUGGUCUUUUUUACGUUUGAUUGUUUUGGUAGAACGAUAGCUGAGAUUAAUAAUAACACGACACUGAAGAUUCCUAAGAUAAUAAAACUUGUUACGGAGUAUCUUUAUUUUGUAGAGGUCGGUGAACAGAAAAUGUUCUUCGUUUUAAGAGGUUACAUUUUUAUCCAAUGUUUAUUUAAAUCGAAUUCUUUUUGCUUUAAAAAAAACAAUAGAGCAAACCAACUCUGACUCGGUUCUGGAAACGAAAUUAAUAUAAACCGCUCCUAUACCAGUUCUUCAAUUUAAUUUGAUCUGGCGGACUGAUAACCUAGCCUUGUCAAGGCUAUUACGAAAGUUUACUAACGACUUUAUAGGAGUCCACUGAACUUCAGUUAAUUUUCUGAAAUAGCUUUGGAGAGUAACUGUCCGUUGGAACGAGCUAGAACAAAAAAGCGGGAACUACGAAAAAAUUAAAUACGUUCCCUGUAGAAUCAUUUAUGGCAUCAUAUUCACCAGAAAACAAUUCCCCUGAAGAUAUAAUGCCGACUGUUUUCCAGAAAGUACCAUGCUCUAGAAAACAAUUCUCCAGUAAACACUUAUUUCCAGAAAAUUAUUCUACGGAAGGAAUAUUUUCUCUGAAAACAUAACCUAGAAUUUUCCAAUCAUAUUUUAAAAUAAUUCUAUCCAUUUGUUGUUAGUAUAGAGUUUGGCCUAUACCAGGUCGUGUGGAUCAAAGAGCUUUUUUCCAACAAUCGGCUGCAUGCCUCUCAGAUAUGAUGAAGGUCGCAAUAGAUCUAGGUUUAUGCGCAUGCGGUGACCAAACAUAGUCUCGGACGGAGACAAUCCGACUUUCACUUGACGAUUCGGCGUGGAUCUGUACGUCUAAAGGAAAAAAAUCCAGUACUUCAGUUAUGGAAGUUCUAGCUUCACAUGAAGCUUAAAUGAAUCCAUAAAGCGCACCACUUGGCCAUUGGACUGGGGAUGAAACGGAGCCGUGCAAAAAUACUACGUAGAAUUUUGAUUGUAGAUGAUUUGUAGUUGUUGAGGUGAUACGAUGGGUGAGAACUACUUCUGGCCAUUUGGUAUAAGCAUCUACGGCCAACAGAAAAUAGCCCCUUCUAUAUUACCAGCAAAGUCCACAUGGGUACGCUUCCAUAACCCCUUUAAUUUUGGCCAGGGAGCUGGCGUUGAAUGUGCUAGAGAUUUUGUUGCCGAUGCGCAGUGCUUGCAUUCUUUCACCUACGUGACAAUAUCAUCAUUAAUACCUGGAUAUCCCUGAUGAAGCUGCUUUGGACACUACCUGUGUUGCUGUUCGGGAAUUAUUCUGUAUUUGACGGAACCGAGCUGGAAACGGAGCUUCUAAAACUUGGCUGUUUACCUGUUUUCCUACAAGAUCGUCGGUCAAGAGCAAAGUGCUCAAUAUCUACUGCACUUCGUGAAAGGAAAUGUUAAACUUUCGGAACCGCAGAAGGUGAGUCCGGUGUCAUCAAUGUCAACGAUUCGGACAUGAAAUGCGCAAUCCCAAUCUCCUCCCACUGUGCGUCAUGUGUGGUGAGAAGCAUCUUUCAACGAAGCGCCAUCUUCCCAAGAAAGCGAAUUUGGAAUAAAGUGACGAGAACGGGACACGUGGAUCAAUAAAGUAUGCAAACGGCAGUGGCUGCCCUAGCCGGAAAAAACUACGUCGAGAAGUUGGCAAAAAUAAAUCGAGCGCCGGCAUCCAACACCACCCCUCCUCAAGCAUGUUCUUCCUAGAGUCGAUACAGUAGCUCAACCGCUCCCCGCCAGGAAAAUCAUAGGCCAUGAUGCUACUAAAUCAAGGAAAUACCAAUAAGGAUCUACUGCCAAACAAAACUACAGAAACUUCUAGCUCUCUGAGCUAACUAGCAAGUACGUUUAUAAUGUUUAAUCUCGUUUCACUAACUGGAACGGGCAUUUUGUCCAUAACAAGAGACUUGAAUUUUUCCAAUUUUUGGAACGGUACAAAGUGGACGUAGGAAUUGUUACCGAAACAGCAGCAAAGGCAUGCUUUUUUCAACCCGAAUUUAAAUUGUGUCCGGUUCGACCGUGCUUCUGACAGAACGUAGAAAUAGGGGGGCGGUGCCACGAUAGCGAUUCGAAGGGACAUCAAAUUCGCAGAGCUCAACAGUCAACAUCUCAACCAAGGUCAUAGAAGUUGUCGGCAUACACGGUGGAUGGAAGCCUAUAUGUGAUCGCUACCUACUUCCCUGGGGAGAGCAGUUUCGCCGAGAUAUCUCAACACUUGUCAGAACAGCUCAACCUUUCUUCAUAGUGGGUGACCUGAACGUACGACACUGCCACUGGAACUGCUCGAAAGCAAAUAAGACCGGAGCGGUACUAUACCCAGGAAGCAGCUAGUGGGAACUUCUUCAUCCAUUUUCCGGUAUCCUUCACGUGCCAUCCUGUGGGUCGAGGGCCUAUACGUGGCCUGACCAUUUCGAAUAUCUUGCUGAACAUGACAAAGCCAAUCGCACUGAACGAAUUGUCAUCGCACCAUCUCCUGGUAAUGUUUGAUGCCAGUCUUUCAAUGCCAACCGUCCAGAAAAUGCAAGUUCCGAUGCUACGUACAUGCGGACUGGCCUCGUUUCUAAUGUGAGAUUAACUCUAAGAUCGUUUUUUUUAGACCCAACUAUCACAAAUUUGAACAACGAAACUGAGGUUGACGCUGAUAUUGAGUUCCUAACGAGGGCAGUAGUGGAUGCGAACGUACUAUGGCGCCUGAAGUACGUCCAGAGAACACCCGAAAAUUGAUCUCACUGUGAAACAAACGUCGGCGUCAGUGGCACUGGCAAAAAGACCCUAUCUACAAGAACAUCGUAUCGUUACUAAACCGUAGGAUUCGCGAGGACUGCGACCAGGCUACCUCCAGCAGAUUCAAGGAAACGCUGCGCACUCUAAACGAUGACCGUGACAUGCUAUGAAGAAUCUGCGAGGCUCUGCGAAAAUAGACCAAAUAUAGUCCACCCUUGCGUCAAACAGACACAAUUAUCUCUUUCCCGCCAGAGAAACCCAUGCUGUUAGUUAUGCACUUCGCACAGGCACACACCAACCAGAUGGUGUGAUACAGAAAUCGUCACAUAUCGACCAAUCAUAUCUAACAGAUACCCACUCUUGGCUGAGCCCCCCGAAGGAAGCAGUUCGGAUUAUUCGUUAGCUUAAAUCCCAAGAAAUCAGCUGGUCACGACAAUAUUCGAAACUGCGUCCUUAAAACACUGCCUCCUAAGGCCUUCCUAGCCAAAAUCUUCUCCGCUUGUAUACGAUUUAGUUACUUCCCGGCUAGAUGGAAACACGUAGUAGUAAUUGCCACACUGAAACCAAACAAAGACCCCACUAACGCAAGCAACUACAGACUAAUAAGUCUGUUGUUCUCGUUCAGCAAACUUCUUGAACGAAGCAUACCUGAUGUGCAAUUUGGCUUCAAACGAAGGCAGUCUACCAACCGGCUUGUGAAGGAGAUUCGAGUUACCUUUUCGCGGACCUAAUCUUCUGGCAUGGUGCUCCUGGAUGUUGAGAAGGCAUACGACCCAGUGUGGCAGGUAGCAAUCUCACACAAGAUGCUUAAAGGAAACUUUCUCCUGUACAUUCUAAAAUUCAUCCGCUCCUACUUGCUAAACCGCUCCUAUCACGGGACACUUAUUGACCUAGCGAUGUCACCGGCUAAUGACGGACUCAGAGGAACCAAACAAGGCACUAAGCUUGGCCACCGUUCCCGCGAAGGUGGUGAUUACGGUAGUAUGAAGCUUACAUACCGCUCGUGUUCGGAUAUUUUCAGAGUCCGCAUAAGCAAUCGGACUUUUGCUCCAUGGUCCUCGAUGCAUCUAGCGCUCCCACUCCAACAAGUCAUCGUAGCGCCUGUAACCAUACUUUGUUCUGGCAACCGGAAUGCGAAAAAAAGGAUAGGUUCGAAGACUACGACGACGAAUGUCGAUUUCCAAAGCUGAUGUCCAAAGAGAUUGUAGUAGAACUGCCUUUGAAACAUACCGGCGUACAGACUAGAGACGACGUCAAUAAGCUUACAGCGAUCUAUGUGGCUCGGUAGGUUUAGUGGGUCCCUCCAUGGGAGUCGACUAUGUGCGAAACGAACAAAUUUGCGCCGAAUAGCUUCAAUGCGUUGAAUAUAAUUUUAGUAAUAACUAAUAAGGUGCCCAGAUUACAUUGCGGUAUUUGAGUGUUGAAAGGACCAAAGUACAAUAGAGUGCUUUUAAAAUGACUAAAAAUUAAUUCUAGCAGCUUAGAGGCCUUACAAAUAGUGUACUCAAUGUUAGUGCUUGAUGUUUAGAUUGGGAACAUGGGGGUUUUAACAGAUGAUUCCCGUUUGAGAACGAAUUGUUAGAUAUUGUCGAAAUUAUUAACUUCAAGAAUUCUCCCUCUUUGGCAUUCCUGAUAAGGUGAAAUAGUUGGAACGAAUGUUUCAGCGAAUGGUUUAAGUCGUUUAAAUAAAGCAAAAAUAUGAAUGGUUCGAGAUGACUACUCUGGAGAACUCCCGAGCUGGCAGCGAAUGGUGAUGUCGGGCAAUCUCCAUUUUUCACUGCCAUUUCAGGUUCGCUUAGGUACGAGUGAAACGAAUCCAGAAGGGAGCCAUUAAAUCCAAGUCUAUUUAAUUUGGAAACUAUUAUGUGUCUAUUAAUUUUAUCAAACGCCGCGGAGAAGUCGGUAUAUAUGGCACGGCCGUAUAUACCUAUAGGCUUGCUUGUAAAUAUUGACUGAUGAAAGAUGUGUAACAUACUAGGUUUGUAGUGGUUUACCGUUUAGGGAUGAUCCAUAAAUGACGUAGCAUUUUUUGAGUGAUUUUUAACACCCCCUCCCCCAUCGUAGCAUUUCGUCACAAAAUUCUAUAUACCCCCCUGAUAAUUACGUAGCUUGACGGUAACCCUCACCCCCCUCGUUGUCCCCGUAAAUUUUUUUAAAAAAAUCAAAAACGAUGUUAGUUAGAUGAAACGGGUAAGAUUAUCGUGACAUCAGGUCAACCCCUAUUCCCCUUUAAAAAAGCUACGUAGCAUGACAUGACCCCUUACCCCCCCCCCCCCCCCCUGUCGUCACACAUCAUCACAAAAUACAAAACUCCCCCCUCCCCCAUAUAAUGCGACGUCAUUUAUGGAUGGUCCCUUAGGCAUGCAGCCAUGUUGGGUCUUGAAUAAAAAUGAUAAAAUCAAGCACAAUCAGUUCGAAUAAGCUAAUAUAAGAAUAAGACACUGUACAUAAUGCAAUUAUUCCGUGAUAGUUCGAAAUAACGCUUUUGUUAUUUUUUUAACACUGGUAAAAUAUAUGAUUUUAUCCAUUGAUAACGAAAGCUGGAGACUAUCUGAGAAAUUUUUUAGUACGGCAUAUGGAAUUCUGUCGGGCACUGGAGUGGACGAUGACGAUGAGAGUCAAUUGGAGAACGUGGAGGAAUGACAUUUGCAGCUUUACAGAUUUGAUUAUCAGUCUACUGAAAUGUUGGUGAAAUAAUUUGCACAUUUCGGGCGGAGUUGAUACUUGAACCCUGUCGAGUGACAUAUGAGAUGGUAAACCGGCUUCCUUCCUCUGUUUAUUGACGUGAUUCCAGAAGCUUCUAUGCUUGCUCUGUAUACGUUGAUUGUAAGAAUAGCAAAGAGCCUUAUUCAAUCGCUUAUAGCGGUUAUUGAGGUUCAAGUAAUGCGAUCUAAGGUGGAGUCAGAGUUGCCUUGUUAAUUUUUUUAAUGCAGAACGUUUUGCGCAUUUAUAGCGUUUCAAAGUGGAGAGCCACGGUGGGUAGAUUGGUUCACGGUGUAGCUUCUUUGGUAUGAAUUGAUUAAUAGCAUAUGAUAUAACAUGCCUCCAAUACAUAGCAGCAGAGUUGCACUCACUAUUGGUCCGAUUCCUAGUCGGAUUCUAGUCUGGAUGGCCGUCAAAUGACUAAACCAUUCUCUUUCGUUUCCACGUGGUUGACUUUUUGACCAAGAAUAUCAGUAAAAAUAAAUCACUUUCUCGUCGUCACUUUUGUAUUCGACACCACAAUGGGCGCUCACUCACGAUACGUCAUUAUUUGGGACGCGAAUAUAAUUACAAGCAGUUAUACGGACUUGGGUCGAGUUAAUAAAAACGCGUGUUACUAAAUAAAACAUAAUAUAUUCUGACUCGACUGAUCACUUGGCGGCAUUUGAUAGUGGUAGCAGAACUUACUGUCCCCCGAGAGCCUGUUAUUUAGAGAGGUGACGAUGAUUCAGUUGCCUCCAACAUAUUAUAUGAUACUGCCUGUCUAGUGAAUGUAUUUAGGAGAUUUCGCCUUCUUUUAAACAUGAGCUGUCUUUUGGUUUUGGCAUUUUUGAAAUUCCGAUGUUGUUUUUUGUUGAAUUAUGAGUUCUGAUCACCAAUUCAACGCUUCUUCUGAGUGACUCCAUCGCAUUUUACACGUUCGGUGAACAGUCUAUGUGUGAGGAGGAAAUCUCGUUGAGAACAUAAUAUCCGAUUAAAAUGAAAAAUACAUCAACCGAUACAACCGGUAAACAAUAUGUUGGAACUUGAUCCUUCUUUUUAACAUAAAAUAAGGCAGAAGAAUGUGCUCUAGAAAUAUAUUCAGGUAAAUGGAUAUUCGAAAGUUACAAUCGUUUAUUUCUGGUCACAUGUUUUCUUAGGCUUUCCUCAGGUAUUUAGAAAAAUAGUUUUCUGCAUUUUGGUAAUUUCUAGGGAAUUCUGAGAUUCGGUACCUUCUAAGGAAUAAUUUUCAGGAACUUGUUACUUUUUAGGAAUGCAUUUCUUAGAUCAAGCUUCGGUAUUUUAUUUUCUGGAGAAUGGUUUUCGAAGAAAUGUUAUUGAAUCCAUUCUCCAUAUAUCCCGAUUUUCCACAUACAAGAAAAUCUAUCUAAUGAUCGGCAGCACGAAGAAUAAUUCCGGUUUAAGAAAGUAGCGUGGAGUACAUCAAGUCAAUUUGUUUACUAUCGUGCGAUAAUAGAAUACUAAGCGUCCUGUUCCAUUCGUUCAGAACAAGCACACAAAUAUUCAAACGAGCAGCCGAUGUAUUUGUAGCACGGGCUGUUAGAUUUCUCGGUGCCAACGGACGAGCCAAAAAACAGCAUUCUCAGCUUAUCGUUCAAAAUCACUCGAUACCCACAAAUCCCUAUCGGCAACCUAGAUUUGGAUAGCCUGGCCCGAGCACUGAACUUACAGUACUACACAAUAUCAGAGUAUUUUUCAAACAGUAUCACAGCGGUCGAGAUUUUACUGUAUUUUUAUUCGUAUCAGGCGUAUGUCCGGAAUUGUGCACUGGCAAGUAUUCCUCAUAUAUCUAUACCAAUAGCGGGAAUGGAACAAUAUAUCGUUCCUUCUAAAUACUAACUCCUCUGCAUAUCAGCCGGACAAACGCCUUUUCUAUAUGUUAUUAAUCUCCGGUAAAUUUAAGUGUGUUUCUACUAGUAUAUAUCUGUAAGAAAUAAUGUAUUUUUUCAGUACUACUAUUCCCAUCCUUUUUGUCCAAUAUCACACAUUAUAACAUAAAACGGUUCACAGCAGACACAUUCGAGCAUUAGCUUACAGGCACCGAAAUGCAACACGGAUGCACACAUUCAAUCAAUUAUUUCGCAAAGAAGACAGUUUUCAUUUUUCAAGCCAACACUGAUAACAACAAUAGUUAAUUACAAUAGAUAGCGUAUCUACGAUCCCUACUAAUAUAUCCCACCACCAUCCCCCAAUUUACAUACAAUGUCGUACAACACAAGAGAAACAAAAAAUACAUUCUUUCCGGGAUAUUCAAUGUCGUUCAUUGAAGAAAAAUACCCAAUAAACCUAACGAGGAAAACAAAGCAAAACAAGCAGAAACACAUUUCAUUUUUCAAAAUCGUACUCAUACUACAAGUUAGGCACAUGGUAAUUGAUAAUAAGCGGAAAAACACGGAGAGAAAGAAUAUUUCUUAAUGAAACAGUUAAAAGAAUAAACUUUCCGGGUAAUCGACCCAAAGUUCGUGUGGAAUGGAAAAACAGGGUGCAUAUUUAUGUUUCCGUUUCCCGAUUACAACGAUUCGAACGACGUCGAACUUUUGGGUCAAUGUAAAAAAACCCUCAUCUCCAACAAAAACAAAAAGGAAGAAAUGUUAAAAUAUAUUUCGUUGGUCCCGAAUUUCAAUUUGCUGGUGUAUGAUUAUACCUUCAUGCAUCAGCAGGGCUGAAAUGUAAACCCAAACUGUAAGAAACAUUCGAUGAUAGCAGAAUUAAUUUUAUUUCGGAUAAAAAGUUAUUUAUUUUUGGCUUGUUUUGGAUUGAAAAUUUGUUAGCAUAUUUUGUUUAUCGUUAAAAAUAUCGUUGGAAAAAUGAACGUUGUCGAAUGAUUUGAACCCUCCUCAGGCAAAAGUAGAUAAAUUGUUUGCUGUUCAUCUGAACGAAAUUGUUGUUCCCGAACCAUUUAACAUCGCAAAAUCGAACAAAAUCAAUUAACUUCUCAGACAAGUUCAGUACCUACAUUAAACAUACAAACCUGUCGUUUCGUUCGAUAUGCACCAUAUCCCAAAAUUAGAAGAGAUCAGAUCAGAUGUAGUUAAAAUUGAAUUGUCCUCUGAAUAAAGCAAACAACAUGGAACAAAAUGUAAAAUA